AUGGACUUGGCUGGUGAUGAUCCUGCUAGUGACGGGGGAGAGCGUGGAGAGAGCGAAAUGAGUCCCGAUUCCGUUCCUGUGUCUCCUGGUGAGCCUGACCCGCUGCCCCAGUUAAAAAGGCCUACAGGGGUUGCCGACAUUAGGGAGGAUAGCAAUGUAGGACCUGAUUCCGCAGAUCCAGAUAACUUGCAGGAGGCAUACGUGGAUUUUGGGAAUAAAGAGGCUAACGCAUCCAUAAGGGAUUUCUCUAUUGAUGAUUUUGACGAGGAAGGCUUGAUCGCGGAGACUCCUACACUCCACUUCAUGUAUAGCUCUCCUCAAUUUGAUGGCCAGUUACCCGGAGAUAUAUUUUCCGAGCCUACGUUCGAUAAGAAUCUUGAGGAUGAUUCUUUCGAAGGGCCUUCUUCUCGUCUUCAUAUUCUGGCGAGGGAGUUGUUAUCUGAUGAUGACCCAGAGAAGAUUGCACUAAGCAGGACUCUAAGACCUUCAAAGACCCAUGGUUCCAUCUUGAUAAUUGAUAUCAUGCCAAUUACUUCGUCACACAAGCUUGUAAUUGAGCUCCUUGAUUGA